UUGAUUUGGUUUUGGUUUAAAUUUAAUACAAUUAAUGAGAAAGAGUGUUUUCAAACUUAUAUACCCAAAUACGAAGAUGGCUUCAUCGGCAAAAAAACUAAAACUAUCAACACCAUCAACAACUACCGAAAGCAAAACCAAAAUCGAUGAUUUCGCGAACCAAAUACAAAAGAGGCGCGAAGAGACCGCGGAAUCGAUCUUGAAGUAUAAAUUUAACAAAAAACGUGUGCGAAUAAUAUCGCAAGAACAAAUGGUUGCGGAUGGCUGCGAAGGUAUUGUUUACUGGAUGUCAAGGGACAGCAGAGUUCAGGACAACUGGGCUUUUCUGUUUGCACAGAAGUUGGCACUGAAAAAUGAAGUACCUCUCCAUGUAUGUUUCUGUUUAAUUGCCAAAUAUUUAGAUGCCUCUGUUAGACAGUUCCACUUUUUAUUAAAAGGGCUAGAAAAAGUUGCAGCAGAGUGUAAAAAAUUAAAUAUAUCCUUCCACCUGCUGGAAGGGAGCGGAGCUGAAGCCUUACCACAAUGGAUCAUAGAUCACAAGAUUGGUGCAGUUGUGUGCGACUUCAAUCCACUCAGGGUGCCAAUGGGAUGGCUGGAGGGAGCCAAGAAGAAGUUUAAGAAGAAUGUUCCAUUAAUACAGGUAGAUGCACACAACGUAGUGCCAUGCUGGGUGGCUUCAGACAAACAGGAGUAUUCAGCGCGGACAAUCAGGAAUAAGAUCAACUCUAAGCUGGACGAAUAUCUGACAGAAUUUCCACCCGUUAUCAAACAUCCAUACACAAGCAAAUUCGAGCCUGAGCCAAUAGACUUUGAUGAAGCAAUAGAAUCUCGGGAGGCAGACAAGUCCGUGGGGCCGAUAGAAUGGGCGGCUCCAGGGUACGAAAACGCCCUGAAGGUGAUGAAGAGUUUUAUCGAUACACGCCUCAAGAUCUUCGCGACCAAAAGAAACGACCCCACGCUAGAUGCCCUAAGUAACCUGUCGCCAUGGUUCCAUUUUGGUCAAAUAUCAGUACAAAGAGUUGCAUUAUGCGUACAGGAGUACAAAAAGAAAUACACCGAGAGCGUGAACGCAUAUCUAGAGGAGGCGAUAGUUCGCAGAGAAUUAGCGGACAACUUCUGUUUUUAUUGCGAGAAUUACGAUAGCAUUAAGGGGGCCAGUGCUUGGGCACAGAAAACUCUGGAUGAUCACAGAAAAGACAAAAGAACUCACAUCUACACACUAGAACAGUUAUCAAAAGCGGAGACUCACGAUGAUUUAUGGAACUCCGCGCAAAUACAAAUGAUCAAGGAAGGCAAAAUGCAUGGAUUUCUGCGCAUGUACUGGUGUAAAAAGAUCCUAGAGUGGACGCCCAGUCCCGAGGAAGCGUUAAAAUAUGCGAUUUAUCUGAACGACCACUACAGCGUCGAUGGAAGGGACCCCAGCGGAUAUGUUGGCUGCAUGUGGUCGAUCUGUGGGAUCCACGACCAGGGCUGGGCGGAGCGUGCGGUGUUCGGCAAGGUUCGCUACAUGAACUACGAGGGCUGCAAACGCAAGUUCCAAGUGCCGGCCUUCGUCGCGCGGUAUGGCGGGAAGGUACACAAGUACAUCAAAAAGUGAUUACGUCAUAUGCCCGCUUUCACUACGGACAAUGCAAUGCCUAAGUUACUAACGCCUAAUCAAAGAAGUUUCCUAGGCAAUCAUUUAUCUAUGGUUUGUCUAUGGUUAUUCUGUUUGUAUUAUCAUAUUUUUCGUAUGGAUUUAAAGUUAUUAAAAAAAACGAAUUUAAUUUUUUUUUUCAUCUGUCUAGUGUCAGUUUACGAGUUCCCUAAACAGAAGAUCGUUAAGAUCCACCGAAUCGGUGUCGUAACUUAGACGUCACGAAACGUUUUUUUUUUUCGUUUAAAUCUAUAGGCAUUUGAGGCGAUGAAAACUGGCAUUAGUACAGCUUGCACGGUCUUACUUUUGGCCUUGAGCUGUCCAUUGCGAAGUUGGGCGUGUAGAUAUUUAGACGAAGACAUUAUGAGCUAAUCAUAGCACAUUCUUAA